GAGGAGGGGCAAGGGGCACAGUGGAAAGGGCCUUGUAAUGAUUGAUACGGCAACUAAAAUCCAAUAGACGCAGGCGCGGGCAGGCGGGGGGAAAGGCUAAACAGCGAGGGAACAAUGGGUGGCAUGGCUUACGAAGGGUUCCAUGAUCCCAGUCAGAGCUGUCAUCCUCUCUUGUGCAUAUUGGUACCAAACUUUCCCCUCUUCUUCUGCGAGAGACGCGUCGAUGGUGAAACAACGAAGACGGAGCAGCUGGAUAUUCUCAUUAUCGAUUUGGUAGCCCUAGGCAGACAAGAAGCUCUCCCAGUAUCGUAAUUGGACGAAGCGGAGACCCGCCGGGACGGCGGCAGAUGCUGAACCAUGGAAACAAAAGAGACGGUGCAGAAAACUCUUCGAGACCAAAGCACUUUGGUGGGACGGCGCAGGCAAUUUCCGUGUCAGAACCAAGAACUGGACAGCACCUUGGGACUAAAAGUAAUGAAUCUAGUGAUCCACCGACGGUCUUGGGCGGACACAGCCAGCAAGUGCAAGAAUCAAUCCACCCAGCGUGGCCCCAGGGUGCAAAGCCGGAGCGCAGACACGGUUCGGGUAGGCCCAGUCGGAGGGUCCCGUUCGCGGCUGCGCUUACACCUCCAACCCAGAACAACGGCAGACCUGCCAUCACAGGCAGCCAGGAGGCCGUGAACUGCAUCCCCAAUCUGGUGUGUUCCCCUUUCAUGGGGCCAGGGGCUAUUGAUCCUAGAUGCGGCGGUUUUCGUCGAGAUGGCUCUGGGCUUUUCUUUCCAGUCUUUGACGCCGAACGAUGUCGUUUUCCCUGAUGUGGGAGAGUGUGACAGCUCGGAAGUGGCCGUCAGAGCUAGCAAACAUCCCCCUGUGAGAUGCUUCACCAUCUGGCACCAGUUUGCCAUCUUCCAUUUUGUCCCCCUCGU